AUGUUGAACAACCCACACAUACUCUUCAACGAUGGAAUGGUGAAGUAUUUUUUGUUAGGGGAAGAAAUAGCAAGGAAACAGUUACUUCAAGGUGCAACCGAUAAGGGAAAGUUAGAUGCAAUCUUUGUUCUGGGAAUGAUGUUGAUGGCUGAAGGCGGUGAAAGGAAGCAAGAAGCUCUGAUCAUGUUGAAUAAUGCCUACAUAAAUACAAGAAGAAGUUGGAAUCUGAGACAUACCUGUUACAAGGUUCAAAUCCACUUGGUAAGGAGAUUAAAGCAGAUACAAUUCCAUGGCUUACAUAAAAGUUGUGCAAAGCAUCCUUCUAUGGGUAGUUAUGGAAUAACUGUAACGACGUAA